CCAGAGUGCUAAACUGUAGGCAUGCGCCACCGCGCACGGCCAACUAAAAAUUAAUUUCAAUAGCAAAGAAUUUUCCUGGAUCCCACGUUGACUUCUCGGGGAGGUGCUAUUUCGCAGACAGCUGAGCUGCUCCAGCCUCACUGGCGGGCUUCCUUUCCAUAACACGGAAAAAAGGAGCCCAGAGCGAGAUGGAGGGAGGCUCAGGCGCUGCCCCCUUCUCGCCCCCGCGGACUUCUCACAGCACAGGCAUCUCCUCCCUCGCAUCCCGCCGCUGCACCUUAUGGCCCUGCUCUGGCCACGCCCAGGCUCCACCCACCACUUCUUGUCCCCUCCCCGCUGUGGUCAGACCCCGCCCAGCUCCUCAGGGGUCCCACCCCGGUCUGGCUUCUGUCCUGCGCUGAUUGGUACGGACCCGGAAGCGGAUGGCGUCGACGGGAAGUCCCAUCGCGGCGGGCUGGUGUGCUGUUGUACGUUCUGAGCUCACUGAAAUCUCCACCUCUAGGUUGAAUCGAUCUCCUGCCUCCGGCUCCCAAGAUUGUUUUCUAAAGGCUCACAUUACGUGAGGAAGCAGCUCAGAAGAGCAAAGAAAAGGAGCCAGGCAUGGCUCUUUCACAGUGACAUGAACCUGGGAAGAGGCUCCACUGGGCAUGGUCAUGGGAAGGGCUGACACCAGACCUGGAUGGACAUGGCGGUUGGGCCCCCCGGAAUCAGUGCUGAUCGGCAGACUGGAUUGUUCAUUGGCCACAUCUGGAUAUCAGCUCUUUGUGAACCAGAGAAACUACGUAUGAAACACAUAGGUUAAUGUGCACAGAUGUCUGGUAAAUUCGGGAAAAGGAGACAAGGACGCUUGACUUUCAGCGAUGUGGCUAUAGAAUUCUCUUUGGCGGAGUGGAAAUGCCUGACCCCUGCUCAGAGGGCUUUAUACAGGGAAGUGAUGUCGGAGAACUACAGGAACCUGGAGUCUGUGGCCAAUGACAACCUCAAUUGUAGCUCGUUCUUAAGGAAACAGAUAAACCAUUUAGGAAAGAAACAAUAUGAAUGUGAUGUGUGUGGCAAGGUCUUUAAUGAGAAGCGAUGUCUUGAAAGCCAUCGUAGAUGUCACACUGGUGAGAAACCUUACAAGUGUAAUGAGUGUGGCAAGACCUUCAGUCACAAGUCAUGUGUUCUACGACAUCGCAGAGUUCAUACAGGAGAGAAACCUUACAAAUGUCAUGAGUGUGGCAAGAACUUCAGUCAGAUGUCAUCCCUUACAUGCCAUCUUAGACUUCAUACUGGAGAGAAACCUUACAAGUGUAAUGAGUGUGGCAAGAGGUUUAAUAAGGUAUCAUACCUUAGAUACCAUCAUAGACGUCAUACUGGAGAGAAACCAUACAAGUGUAAUGAAUGUGGCAAGACCUUUAGUCGAAAGUCAUCCCUUACAUGCCACCGUAGAUUUCAUUGUGGAGAGAAACCUUACAAGUAUAAUGAGUGUGGCGAGACCUACCAUGAAUUGUCAUCUCUUACAUGCCAUUGUAGACUUCAUACUGGAGAGAAACCUUACAAGUGUCACGAGUGUGGCAAGACCUUCAGUCAGGCGUCAUCCCUUACCUGCCAUCAUAGACUUCAUACUGGAGAGAAACCUUACAAGUGUCAUGAGUGUGGCAAGACCUUCAAUCAGAAGUCAUCCCUUACAUGCCAUCGUAGACUUCAUACUGGAGAGACACCUUACAAAUGUGAAAAAUGUGACAAAGGCUUCACUCGCAAAUCACACCUUGAAAUGCAUAAAAUAAUCCAUAGUGGAGAGAAACCAUACAAAUGUAUGGUUUGUGAUAAGGCUUUUGCAUGUGAUUCAUACCUGGCAAAACAUGCUAGAAUUCACACUGGAGAGAAACCUUACAAGUGUAAUGAGUGUGGCAAGACCUUCAGUCAUACGUCAUCCCUUACAUACCAUCGUAGACUUCAUACUGGAGAGAAACCUUACAAGUGUCAUGAGUGUGGCAAGACCGUCAAUCAGAAGUCAUCCCUUAUACGCCAUCGUAGACUUCAUACUGGAGAGACACCUUACAAAUGUGAAAAAUGUGACAAAGGCUUCACUCGCAAAUCACACCUUGAAAUGCAUAAGAUAAUCCACACUGGAGAGAAACCAUACAAAUGUAUGGUUUGUGAUAAGGCUUUUGCAUGUAAUUCAUACUUGGCAAAACAUGCUAGAAUUCACACUGGAGAGAAACCUUACAAGUGUAAUGAGUGUGGCAAGACCUUCAGUCACAUGUCAUCCCUUACAUGCCAUCGUAGACUUCAUACUGGAGAGACACCUUAUAAGUGUCAUGAGUGUGGCAAGACCUUCAUUCGAAAGUCACACCUUACAUACCAUCAUAGACUUCAUACUGGAGAGACCUUACAAAUGUAAGCUUUGUGGCAACGCUUUCUAGCAUGAUUCACACCUGGUACAAAAUACUAGGAUUCACACUGGAGACCAUCCUUACAACGGUAGUGAGUGUCCAGGACUGUCAGUAGUAAUUUAUCACCUGUAAUUGACAACCUCUCACGCCUGCCUUAUACAACAACUAUCGCCCUCUCCAAUGUGAAGACCCAGUGUGCCUCCCCAGCAUCUUCCUCUGCAGCAGGUAGAUAAAUGUAUGUUUAGGUGCAAACUGAAGGGGAGUGUGUAUCUGCGCAUUCCUAACCCCAGAAAUCUCAGUUUCCAUUGACCAAGAAAUUAAAGUGGUUCUAAAUCCUCACUACUACUGGUCCAAAUCAGCUGCGUUACUUCCCCUCUUAGUAGGAACUGGAACAGCAGCCAGGAUAGGGACCACAAUAGGAGGCAUUGGCACUUCAGCCCAUUUCUGUCAUAAACUGUCCCGGGAACUCAAUGAUGACAUGGAAAGGGUGGCCAAUUCCCUGGCCUCCCUCCAGAAGCAGUUAAAUUCCCUAGCCACAGUAGUCUUACAAAAUGCAGAGCCUUGGGCUUCUGGCUCAGAAGGCAGUUACCUGCCUCUUCUACAGGAAGGGUGUUACUACUGUGUCAAUCAGUCAGGAGUAG